AUGGAACCAGAAUUCCCGCUCUCCUACAAAGUUGCCUGCUUCGAGGGAAAGAGUGAAGAACUAUCCAUUAAAUCCAUUCCUCUCGAGUAUCCAAAACACGGGGAGAUUCUGGUAAAAGUGCUUGCUUGUGGGGUGUGUCACUCAGACGUACUGGUGAAGGACGGGGUCGCUGGAAACUCAUACCCUAUCGUACCUGGUCAUGAGAUAGUUGGAAAAGUACACGCUGUUGGACCUAGUGUGAAGAGUUUCAAGAUUGGAGAUCGAGUUGGCGGACCAUGGCAUGGUGGACACGAUGGCAUUUGCAGGGCAUGUAACCGGGGCGACUUCCAACUCUGCGACAGUGGAGAGAUCAAUGGUGUGACGAGGCCCGGAGGAUAUGCGGAAUACUGUAUCCUUCGAGUGGAAGCCGUGGCUCGAGUACCAAAAAGCAUGGAUCCAGCUCAAAUAGCACCGCUUCUCUGCGCGGGGAUGACAACAUUCAAUGGAAUCCGGAAAAUGGAAAUCACACCGGGCGACCUUGUCGCGAUACACGGUCUUGGUGGCCUAGGACAUCUAGCAGUGCAGUUCGCCAGUAAAAUGGGAUAUAAAGUCGCCGUCAUUUCCAGCAAAUCUGGAAAGGAAAAAUUCGCACGGGAGCUUGGAGCGCACCAUUUCAUCGACAGCAGCAAGCAGGACAUUCCGACAGCCUUGCAAGAGAUAGGGGGUGCAGCAUUAACGCUUCUGAGUGCUCCGAUUCCCAAAUAUGUUCAGCCGUUGAUGAAAGGGCUGGCUCCGCGCGGGAAGUUGCUCGUUUUAUCGCCGAUCGGCGAGUUUACCGUGGACUCAGCUUUGAUGAUCCGUCGAGCUCUGUCAGUGUCGGGCUGGUUGACAGGGCAUGCUCUUGAUGCAGAGGAAGCUAUAGACUUUGCGCGCACCCAUGGCAUUAAAUGCAUGGUUCAGAAAUAUAAGCUGGAGGAUGUGAACAAGGCGAUGGAUGACCUGGUGCAUGCCAGAGUGCGGUUUCGGCCGGUAUUGGUGAUGGAGUGA